AUGCUCGCGCAUGACAUGCGGGAGAAAGUGCAUGGUGAGAUCGAGCUUCCAGGCAAGGAUGCCGCAGAGUUCGAGGAAUUGAACAUGGAGACCAAAGUGAGGGAGUGUAUUCAGGAGCUCCUUGCCUCGAGCGAACGGGAUUGGAAGGAAUGCUACGGCACUUAUGCUUUGCUGCAGACCAUCGUUGAAUGCACGAUGCGAUUUCUGGGGACUUCUGGGGCAGGUGUGGGCACAGGUGUCAACUACAUGGGGCCAUUGCCCUCAAACAAAGGCUUCAUCGGGAAUCCCGCGGACAACGUGAUGCCUACAGCGAUGCUGGAUCACAUUCGCCUUUACCGGCGAGUGCAGCUGAAUUGGCAGGCCUACGACGCCUACGCCCGGGUGAGCCUGUUCUGUGGGGCCAACUCUCUGCUCUACAGCUGCCUCUACUGGGCACUCGGCUCGUUUCUAGGUGGACAGCAUGCCGGCGUUGCGGCCAUUUGCGUGGCGCUGGUCUUCGCCACCAUCCAGGCAGGAAUCUGCGUGUGUCUGCUUUGUGACCCAGCCUGA